CAUCGAGACAUACUAGAUUUGUUGGGUGACCCUACCGGUACAAAGAUUAAUCGCAUAGUCCCUAGCAACAAUGCGGACUACAUUACGACUUCUGGCAUCUAUUUCGCAGAACCAGUCUUCCAAGCUUAAAAAACCGACUAUUGGCCUUGAUCAUUUCAUUCAAAGACAGCGGGUUCUUGCCUUUUGGCGCGAGAUAGUCAGAGCCUUGAAUUCAAUCCCCCAUUCACCAACUCGCGAGGAGCUGCGCAAUUAUGCUCGCAACGAGUUUGAGCGCCAUCGAGAUGUGACAGACCUGCAACAUAUUCGAUACCUGCUUUCAACUGGCAAAGCGGAGUUCGAAACAAUGAGGAGAUACAUUGACGAGCAGAUCGCCGGUUGAGCUGGCCAACCGACAUGUAAUGCAAGUAAGGUAGGGAAGAGUAGCUAGCGGAGAGUGUGCAUUUUCCUUCAAAACAGUGAGAAUAUAUGUAUGUACAAUGAGAUAUGAUACCCAGACACAUCGGCGAAAAUCAAUUAGAAAACGUUCCCC